AUGGACCCCAUCACUCAGUUCUUGCAGAACCAGACACUACCUGCUGAUCCUGCUGAAGCGCGGCGUGUUCGCUAUCGUUCCGCCCGAUACUUGAUCAUCAAUGGUGCCCUAUACAAGCGCGGCUUCAGCCUCCCCUACCUUCGGUGCUUGACCCCAGAGGAAGGUACCUAUGUCCUGAGAGAGAUUCAUGAGGGUAUCUGUGGCAACCACUCAGGCGCUCGCUCCCUAGCACACAAGAUCAUUCGGCAGGGAUACUUUUGGCCAUCACUUCACACUGAUGCCCAGACCUUCACCCAGAAGUGCGAUAAGUGUCAGCGAUUUGCCAACAUCCCACAACUUCCAGCUGAGCCAUUGACAGCCAUGGUCAGUCCUUGGCCAUUCGCCCAAUGGGGACUUGACCUCAUUGGACCUAUGCCUGAGGGCAAGGGCCAAGUCAAGUAUGCAGGUUGCUGGCCGGAGCUACUCCCAGAGGUUCUCUGGUCUUAUCGCACCACCUUCCGGACCUCAACAGGAGAAACACCUUUCUCUCUCUCCUUUGGUACCGAAGCAGUGGCACCAGUGGAGAUUGGCCAGCCCACAUACCGCACCUCCACCUAUGAGGCCGAGGCCAAUGACGAGCAGCUAGCCCUGAACCUCGACUUCAUUGACGAGCUUCGUGACCAGUCCAACAUGCGCAAUGUCGCGUACAAACAGCGCAUCGCUAAGUACUACGACUCCCGAGUCAAAGCCCGUGCUUUCAAACUUGGGGACUGGGUCAUGCGCAAGGUUUCCUUGGCCACCAAGAAUCCCACUGAAGGUACCUUGGGCCCAACAUGGGAAGGUCCUUAUGAGGUUACCAAAGUCUGCCGCCCCCGGCACUUAUCAGCUUCGUGA